CACGACAAAGAUGAAGAGCGCAAUAAAUUUUGAAGAACCCUAAAAAGUGAAUUUUUUUUUUCCCCAGCUUGCGCUUCCUCUACUUGGAAGCGCAGCGAUAAUUGCCGAAUCAUUUGGUUUGAAUCAAAUCCAUCAAUCGAUUAGCAGUGGCAGGAAUGAAACGUCUCGCCGGUUCCGACUCCAAUCUCGACGGUAGUAGCGAUCCCUUUUUCCAGAGUAAACGAAUAAUGGCAGGAUCCCCAUUUGAUAUUCACAGGGCAGAACCAUCUCAGCAGCAACCAACGAAGACACCCCCCUUGGAUGUGCACCGUGCUGAAUCAUCUAGGCAGCAUGUGAGAGCACUCAAUUCCCAAUUUGCAAGCUGGGUCCAAUCACAAUUACAAAAUCACCCUGAUGAACUUUGGGAAGAUGGAGUGCGAGAUUACCUAGCUCAUGCUUCAAACAUAAUGGAGAAAUUUAGUGAUGUUGUUAGUUGGCUGAAAGCAAAUGCUAUGAAAGAAGACAAUCCACAUAAAUUGGAAUCUCAACUUGCCCCAAAGAAGCUUGUAUCUGAAAGUAAGGAUAGCCACAUAAAGCCAUUCCAGGAGCAGGGUUUAUUUGGUCUAUCUGGUACAACUGCAAGCUCUACACCUUCAUGGACUGCUGGAAUUUUUAAAAGUCAAACCCCUUUGACAUUUGGAAACCAAAGUUCGGUACCCUUAAACAAUGAUGCUGCUGAUGAUGGGGAGGGUGAAGAACUUCAGCAGCCUAGCAGCCCAUCUGUAGCAAAGACUGAAGAGAAGGGUAUUAUUGUAGUACAUGAAGUCAAAUGCAAGCUUUAUGUGAAGGUAUCAAGUGAUCCAGCAGAUAAAGAUGCAUGGAAGGAUAGAGGCACUGGGCAGCUUUCCAUCAAAUGUAAAGAGGGUAUUACCAAGGGCACAAGAGAAUCCAGACCAACAAUUCUUGUUCGAAAUGAUGUGGGAAAGGUAUUGUUAAAUGCAUUGUUAUAUCCAGGCAUCAAGACAAACAUGCAGAAAAAUUCAAUUGUUGCAAUAUUCCACACUGCGGAUGACAAUGUAAACGAUGGCGGCGAAAGUAACAGUGUUGUGGCUCGUACUUUCUUAAUAAGGACAAAGAAUGAGGAGGAUCGGAAUAAGCUAGCAGCAGUAAUUCAGGAAUAUGCGCCCCCAGCUUAAGUGAGACAGAGACAUGCUCGGAAGUGAUUCCACGCGGUCAUGUGCUCUGGGGAGCUUCAACAAAGUAGCUAACAGAUUGUAAUAUCUGAAUUGAUGUUUGUGCACUUAAAAAUUUUUUGUGAAAGGGUUGGUUUACCAGCCGACACUGCCUUA